AGCCCGCUGGCAUAAUGAAAAUGGUUUUCACCGUGGGCAGCAAGAGAGAGCUGCCUCCCUCUCGAGCCUCCUUCCCCCCGAGGAGGGAGAGCGGGGUCCGAGCUUUGGGCCCCAGAGCAGGAUCCCUCCUCCGGGUCAAGGACCUGGCGAAGAUCCACAAAGCUGCCUCCAUCGGGGAUGUGGCGAAGGGGCAGCCGCUGCUGCUGCUCGGGAAGUCAGGCGGAAUGGUGUGGAUAAACACUGACCUUGAGAAUAUAAUAAACUCCUAGAGGUAACAGAAGCAAG